CACAGCGCCCGGCCCAUUUUUACUCUUACCCGGGCAGAAAAGGAAAGAGUAUGUAAUUCAUACGCCUCUGCCUCUGUGGCCAGAGGGCAGGCAGAGCACUUGGAUGGACCACUCUUUCCUUAUGGCCCAAAACACAUGAGAGUCAUCCAAACAGAGUUCCCCGGUAGAAAAACGUUCAGCUCUAAUAGACAUAUGGGUAAGACUUUGUGGAGAGGCAAAAGAGCAGAUACAAAUCAGAGGGAACCACAUAUCUGGAGAUGAAGAAACAUAAAUGUUGAAGGUGCAUUUGAGAAUCAGAAAGAGACCACUCUGACCAGAGCAGGGCUAUAUAUAGCACAGUGGUUUGCAACAGAGGACAGCUUUGCCCCUCUGGGAACAUUUGGCAAUGUCUGGAGACAUUUUGGUUGUCACAGCUGGAGGCAAGGGAGCUACUACUACAAGGUACUACCUAGUGGACAGGAACCAGAGCUCCUACUAAAAAUCCUGCGAUGCACAGGACAGCCCCACAACAAAAAAGGCUUCAGGAGUUUAGGCUUUAUUCUCUGUUAUUACAUGGAGGAACACGAGAAAGGUGUUUAGAAAGGCUAAUAUAGCUUUUAUAUACUGUUUCUUCUGCCUGGCACUUUUUAUGGCUACCCACUUUUUAUCCUUUGGGACUAAGCUUAAAUGUUACCUACCAAAGAGAUCUAUCCAAAAUUCCCAAUCAAAAAGUUUUCUCACAGACUCCAUACCACCCUUCUCUCCCAUAGAUGAUCUCCUUUUUCUUCAUAACUCUUACCACACUUUUGAAUUGCAUGUUUAUUUGAGUGCUAGUUUAAUGUCUGUCUCCUCAUAAGCUCUGUGGAGGUAGAGACCUUCAUUAUUUGUCCAUCACUGUGACCCCAACGUCAAGCAGAGUGCCUGGUGCAUUUUAGUUGUUUCAUGUGUAAUCCAUGGAUCAAUUUGAAGGUCAAUGAUUGGAUUGAAAUGGGGUUCAGCAUAGAAGGAUGGAAAGAGGAAAGACAGCAGUUCUCUGGAUUUCUUCCCUGCUUGUUCUGAUCCACGUUCAUCUUCCUUCCCUGACUUUCAUGGCACUUAAUAGUUCAUAACAUGAUGUACCAAUUAGGGUUCAGGUGAAGAUGCAGAAGAACCCUUCUAGCCUUCCUCUGACCACCCAGUUUUAUACUCAUAGUUUUUCUCUUCAGGAACACUCACUUCACUUGUAACCUCUUGUGUCACUGCCACUGGACUCCAAGUUGCAUGAGAGCAGGCACCAAGCCUAUUUGGUUUUCUCCUAUCCCCAGCAUCUAGCUCAGGACUGACACAUAAUAGAUGCUUAUUAAAUAUUUGUUGAAUGAAUGUUGAGCCUAGAAACUUUCAUCCCCAAAUAGUAUUUAUGUAAUAAUUAGUAAUGAUUUUCUACGUUGUUCAAUGGCUUACCAAACACCUUUAUAGGUGAGUGUCCCAAAUUUGGGGGGAAAGAUAGUGCAGGUAAUAUUAUUUCCCCACUUUUCAGAAAAUGAAACACCAUCUAUAAGGUUGACUUGUGUAGGGCAGUGGAUCCAGCAUUAGAAUUCGAAUGCAUAUGUGCAUUAAAAUUCUGACUGUAAACCUUGUCUCAUACCAGCUGUUAACCAGAUGCUCUGGCAGCCAAGUGAAAUAUGGGCAGCUAGUAGAAGAAAGCAAUGGAAGGAACAGAGAGAAGCAAAAGCCAGCCCUCUGAUGAUUUUCCUUUUCUCCAGUGUCUACUUGCUACCUAAACAGGAUUGCUCUGCCUGUCUUGGGAACUGAGACCCUCCAGUAGGAUAUACCUCUCUCAAUGACUUGAGGGUGGGCUAGAGAGUUAGUGAGGCCAGCAAAGCCUUGCCUUCUGGGUAGGAGAGAGAUGAGGGCUGGACAACAGGGUUACCUGUGUCCACACUAUUAUGUGUGUGUACACCCACAUCCAGACAAAAUCCACACCAACGCACAAGCGAUAUCAACGUACAGAAUGAGCCAUUGCACAAUUACAGGUGCAACACAGACCUUAUGCACAUACACACAAAUACGUGUUUAUGCACAUUCACACACAUUUAAACAUGCACCCAGCACACAGAUAUCUAGCCACUAGGUGUACAUCCAGUGACUGAAGUGCACUUCAGUUAUACACCAAGCUGCCAUCCUGGACAUGUGCAUACCCAGGCCCUGAUGAACAUCUGGGUAAGUGCAAUUAUGCACGCACACACACACAACUAAACACGUACAUACGAUCCAUAAUCUCUCUCAACUUACAGACACGUUUAGUACACAGGGAAAUGUAUUCUUGUAAGCUGCCAUGCCUACACACACUCCAAAGAUCCACAGUGAGAUAAACCCUCACAUGCGCACAGACAGAUUCUCUUCACAUGCACUCGUACUGACACCCUUUGCAAACGCACGGGGAAACUCUUGCACAAAACCUUCAAACACACUGGCGAGCUUUGCACGCAGAGAGAUGCAUCGACACAGCCAAGUCGUCACCAGCACUGUAAGUUUUUUCCAAACCGCCACGGGCCGGCCCACGUGACCGGGAGGAGGGCGCUCCCGCCCAUGACGGGAUGGGAAAACUAUGCCUGGGGCCGGCGCUUGGCCCGGCGGCAGCCGCUGCGCAAGGCGGGGACGCGGAGCAUUAGGAGCACGGCCGGCCGAGAGCUUCCUCGCCGCGACGACCCUGGACGUGGCCGGCAGCAGCGAGGCCAGUGAGGGGAGCUCCCCCUUCUGCCUGGCUGAAUCUCCACUCCAGGCGUCCACACUUCAAUCUUCAUUCAAAGGUCACCGCCAUGAUCCCCUGGGUGCUCUUGGCCUGUGCCCUCCCCUGUGCUGCUGACCCGCUGAUUGGCGCCUUCGCUCGCAGGGACUUCCAGAAAGGCUCCCCUCAACUCAUCUGCAGCCUGCCUGGCCCCCAGGGCCCACCUGGCCCCCCGGGAGCCCCAGGGCCCUCAGGAAUGGUGGGACGAAUGGGCUUUCCGGGCAAAGAUGGUCAGGAUGGCCAGGACGGGGACCGGGGGGACAGUGGAGAGGAAGGUCCACCUGGCCGGACAGGUAACCGGGGAAAGCCAGGACCAAAGGGCAAAGCCGGGGCCAUUGGGCGGGCUGGCCCCCGAGGCCCCAAGGGGGUCAGUGGUACCCCUGGGAAGCAUGGCACGCCAGGCAAGAAGGGGCCCAAGGGCAAGAAGGGGGAGCCAGGCCUCCCGGGCCCCUGCAGCUGCGGCAGUGGCCGCGCCAAGUCGGCCUUCUCGGUGGCGGUGACCAAGAGCUACCCACGGGAGCGGCUGCCCAUCAAGUUUGACAAGAUCCUGAUGAACGAGGGCGGCCACUACAACGCCUCCAGCGGCAAGUUCGUCUGCAGCGUGCCGGGGAUCUACUACUUCACCUACGACAUCACGCUGGCCAACAAGCACUUGGCCAUCGGCCUGGUACACAACGGCCAGUACCGCAUCCGGACCUUCGAUGCCAACACCGGCAACCACGACGUGGCCUCGGGCUCCACCAUCCUGGCUUUAAAGCAGGGUGACGAGGUCUGGCUGCAGAUCUUCUACUCGGAGCAGAAUGGGCUCUUCUAUGACCCUUACUGGACCGACAGCCUCUUCACGGGCUUCCUCAUCUACGCCGACCAGGACAACCCCAAUGAGGUGUAGACACGCCGAGGUUGGGCCUCCCAGCAGGGAAUAGCAUCUGGACUUGGGCAUAUGGUGCAAGACCCCUAAACUGUAAGGGGGCUGGGGGCUGAAGGAGCUUCUAGCCUCAGACUGACCUCCUCUGCCUCUUUUUAUCUCCAUCAUUAAAUCCAAGCUUUUUUAAUUCGUCCA